AUGACAAAUUAUACUGAUCUUUCUUCAAUUACUCUUGCUCAAAACGAUAUAAUUCAAUAUAUAUUUAACAAAGAAAAACCUGAUAAUAUUGAUCAACAUCUCACUCAAAUCAUUAUUGAUUUAAUAAAACAACGUGGCUUUACUGACUAUGAUUCACAAUGUGUUACUCUUCUUCAGACAUGUUUAAUUGAUUUUUAUAAUGAUUUACUAAUACGUUUUAAACAACAUUUUGAAUCAAUUGGUUCUUCAAUUACUAUUCAGGAUGCUUUUCAAAGAACAUUAAAUGAUAUUAUGUCAAUUAACUUACGAGAACUACAUAGUUAUAUGAAAAGAAAACAUUAA